AUGAUGAUCUCUUUGCCUUCUUUCCCGGCGGCUUUCGUAAGAGGCGGCGGAGGGUCGCGCGAGAUUGUCCUCCGAUCGUCUGAAACGGAUGUCGGCUUUGUAUCCUCCUCCUCGAGAGUACCGUUGUCGUCGCGAUGUCGUCUGUCUCUCGUGUGUCUUCGCCGCCGCGGAGAAGGAGAACGAGGAUCUGCGCCGUCGUUACGAAGAAGAAGAAGAGGAAGAAUCACGUCGUUCGCGGUGAACGCGGGAACGACGCCGAAAUCAACCACUUUUGAUGCGAACGACCGGUACGCGAGAACGGCGAACCCGUUUUACGAGGCGAACUGCGAGCGGUACGUGGAAAAGAUACUGGUGAAAGUAGACGAGAACGUGGUGAUGAAGAUGAAGAAGAACAGUGAGGAUGGUGUUUUGAGCAGAAACGACGGUUCCGCGACGACGGUUGCCGCCAAUGGCGCUCUUCCCGGUGGUGGUGAUGGUGGUGGUGAUAACACUACUCCUAUGAAAGAAGAACGAUGGGAGAAGAUCCACCUGUCCACGGAGGACGAGAGGACGAAAGGAUCGAUGGACGUAUCCGUCGUCAAGUUGAGCGACGCCGCGUUUCGGGUGAAAGUGAAGUUGGAUUGUCCGUCAAUUUUGAACGAACAAGACGCGCUCAUGCAUUGGGGGAUGAUUGGCGAGGAGGACGAGGAUUGGAAGUCGCCGAAACAUUUCGUGCGAAGCGUGCCGCCAAACGGGAGAGAGCCGGACGCGCAGUCGGAGGAGUCGAAGUUCUUGAACGGGAGAGAUUGUUUUGAGCACGUGUUUGAGUUUACGAACGGGUAUCGCGGGGAGAGAAUGGCGAUGUUGAUUAGGAGUGAGGAUUGCGAGACGUGGUUGAGGGACGAGGGAAGACGGUCGCACGCGAUUUUGGAUUUUGGGAGGAUGGCAGUGGACGCGAGAGGAGGAGGAUCUCAACAACGAGUUGCCGCUGCUCCAGCGCCGAAUCCCGUGGCGCCGCCGCCACCACCGCAGCGACAAGAAGAGGAUCACCAUCAUCGUCAUCGUGAAGAAGACAAUAACAGUCAUGAGCAGCAGCAGCAACAGCACAAUCAUAAUCAUAAUCAACAGCAGUCUACCAAUAGCAACAACGGUGAACGGGUUUUCGCGGCGGUAUCCAACUGGGUCGGCGACGACGUCGAACUUUCAAACAAUCGCAAAGACCGAUCUAGCAGAGACCGAAACAGAUGGGACACGUCCAAUUUACCGUCUUUUGCGGCGGCGCUCGUGUCUAACGAUCAAUCUGCAUCUUCGUGGAGGCAAAAAUUGCAAAGCGUCGAGAAACUCUUAUGCGAAAACGACGGGAACGACAUGGAAGACGCGUUAGCGUAUAGUACGAUUUACUUGUUUUGGAUUUCAGUCGGGGCCAUUUCGUGCGUGGAAGAUGGAACGCAUUACAGGCCAAACCAUCACGCCGGCUCGGCUGAACGCAUGUUUGGCAAAAUCGAAUCCAUCGAAGGUACCGAUAAUAUGUCCACACUCGCCGCAAUUCGGCGAUUACACCCGCGUUUACCCGCGUUUACAGCAGAGUUCACGCAAUCCGUACCGUUAACGCGCAUUCGAGAUAUCGCGCACGGAAAAGGAGACGAACACGGGAAGUGUCGAGAAGUCAGACAAGAAAUUAAACACACGAUUCAAAACAAAUUGCACAGAUGCGCUGGUCCAGAAGAUUUAGUCGCCUCGGAGAAGAUGCUGCAAAAACUCACCGCACCUGGGACGGAUUACCCGAAAGCGUUCGUGGAUGAGUUUGAAAUCUUUUACAGAGAAUUGAAAGAGUUCUUUAACGCUUCUGGCGUCGCUGAACGAUUAGAAAAACUAGCCAACCAGGACGGCGGCUCGAAAAGCGCAGACGCGGCGAACGCAUUUUUAAGAGCAAAAGCGAAUGCAGAUGAUCAAAACGCGUCAUUAAAAUCACUUCUGGAAACGCUGCGGUUAUUACACGAGUCACGAACGGAAAUUGUUCGAUCGCUCGAAAGCGGGAACAUCCAAGACAUGUCCGCUCGCCAACAGUGGCGAUUGGCGGAAAUUUCCUUGGAAGACUACGCGUUUGUCUUACUCUCUCGGUGCUCCAACCUUCUCGGCGCGGAAAGUGAGCCACCGAAGCAAAACUACACGAGCGAGGAGGUUAGUGAAUGUCUCAAUGCGCUCGCAGUAUCUUUCGAUACUUUGCAUUUAAGCUCAAAAAGUGAAGAAAUGCAGCGCGUCGCCGAAGACGCGCGAAAAUUAGCCGGCGAAUCGGCUUCUUUUCUCGGAUCUAACGACGGCGGUUUACGAGUAAAUGCCAUCGCGGAACGCGCGAAACGUGCCGCAGAAAACUUUUGCGAUGUGCUCGAGAACUUGUUUACGAACAGAGCGCAUCAGCUCGGCCCGGCUUUAGGUAUCGACAACUACGCGGUUGAUAUCUUCACAGAAGGGCAAAUCAGAGCGUCGGUGGUGUUUCAAUCCGCCAAGUUAGCCGGGGCAUUAAGUAGAGCAUCGAGAAAUAUCACCGGUGCACAAGGCUGGGAUUGCGUCGUCCAAUCGUCCGAAGGUGAUAUCGUGUAUCCGCUGAGACGAGUUGAACGGUUAGAUCCGAACUACUGUCGCGAAAACAUCACGGAGCCGUGUAUUUUACUUUGCGAUUCUGCCGACGGCGACGAAGAGGUCUCGACCAUGGGGCCAAACGUCAUGGGCAUUAUUUUAUCGCACGCCUUACCUCACUUAUCACACUUGGCGCUACGUGCUAGACAAUCCGCGGUCCCUUUAGUAGCCGUGGAAGAGGGCGCGUUGACGGAAACGAUACGUUCUUUUGAAGGGAAGAACGUGUUGCUUCGAUCGAAACCGGGAGACGUGAAGAUUGAGUUGACCGAUGCGCCUGUUUCUGGCGGCGCUUCAUCAUCUGCUCCUGCCGUAUCGACUGCUUCUGCGACAGCAUCUACCGCCGCUACAAUCUCUAUAGCUGCGGAUACGUCGUAUGCGAACGAUCCGUUAUCCUUUGCGAAACUCUCGGAGAGCACGCUCGACUUUGCCGUCUCCGUCGCCGGUUCAAAAUCCGCGUUUUGCGCGAAACUCGAAAAACUCUCCAGCGAUUCGCAUUCUUCGCCGUUUGCGUUUAGUGCGCCUACUGGUGUGGCUAUUCCAUUUGGCGCCAUGGAAGUCGCGGCUGAGGAAGCCGGUAAAACGCAAUACUUACAAGAGCGAUUACAAAUUCUUGAUUCAAACGUUCCAGAAGUUGAUUUGGAAGCCGCACGUCGGGAACUCUUCGCAUUGGUCGAAAACGAACUUCGUCCGUCGCAAGAAGUGUACCAAAAAGUCUUAGCCGGUAUGGGCGCGAGUGCAAACUCGAAAGCGUUCGUCCGCUCCUCUGCAAACGUGGAAGAUUUAGCUGGCAUGUCCGCGGCAGGUUUAUACGACUCCAUCCCGAACGUCGAUUUACAAUCGUACGACCAGUUCGCGUUGGCGGUAUCGAAAGUCUGGGCGAGUUUGUACACCGCCCGAGCCGUCGCCUCGCGAAAAGCAGCGAGAGUUUCGCAGAAAGACGCCAAAAUGUGUGCGUUAGUUCAAGUCGCUUUGAAACCGGAAUGUUCUUUUGUUUUACACACGAAACACCCAUUAACGGAGAGCGAUCAAGACAUGUACGCGGAGAUGGCUUUAGGAUUAGGCGAAACGUUAGCGUCUGGGAACGUGAGAGGCACGCCCUGGAGGUUCGACAUCGCGAAAGCGACGAAAGAAGUCACCGUAAAAACAUUCUCAUCUUUCGGUGAAAUGUACAUCGCCGACGACUCCAACUCGGAUUCGAGCGCGUUGCAAAUGAAACGGGUCUUUUGCGAUGACGGCAACCACUGGCUCACCACCGACGAAAAACGUCGAAACGACGUCGUCGGCGCAAAACUCGGUGGUCUCGGUAUCUACUUAGAAUCAACUUUAGGCAACGUUCCGCAAGACGUCGAAGGAUGCUUGCUCUCGGAUGGCACGCUGUGUGUCGUCCAAGCGCGCCCGCAACCGUAA